GUCAAAUUUGAUUUGAUUUAAAAUAUGGAGCUGAAUCCUUGAAUACUGAAUAAUUGAAUUCAAUAAUUUGUCAUAUUUUAUAAAUACAGACAAAAAGAAAAGGAAAUUUCAAUCAAUAAAUAAUCACGUUUGCUUAAUAUGGACGAGUCAAAGAAAAAUACACAAAACUUCAGUGUUGAGGAUUAUAAAAAUAAGGGCAAUGAAUGUGUUAAGGAUGGAAAAUAUAUUGAAGCUGUAUUACAUUACACCCAUGCAAUUAAAAUGGACCCUCAAAAUUAUGUUUUAUACAGCAACAGGUCUUUUGCAUUUCUGAAAUUAGGUCAACAUUAUUUAUCUUUACAGGAUGCAAAUGAAACAGUCAGGCUUCAGCCUCAAUGGGCAAAGGGAUACUUUCGCCGUGGAGAGGUUGAAGCUGCUAGUGAACUAUAUGAUGAGGCAAUAAUAUCAUACACCAGGGCUCUACGACUUGAACCACAUAAUACAAAGUUGAUGGAAUCGAUAAAAAAUAUUACUAAAAUUCAACAAAAUAAAAUUAAAAAUUCACACAAUGUUAUAUGGUUGAGCACUUGUGUGGGUUUCAUUAUUGGUAUAAUUGUCGUUAUAUUGGAUUAUACCCUGACUGAAAAACCAACAUUAUCACAUCCAUUUAGCAUGGUGGCAUUUUCAAUGGCUUUAGCAGGUGUGGGUUGGGUUCUAGGGAAGACUGCAACCAUGAUGUCUGCUCUAGGAGCAGGGAAAUCAAUACAGCCACCACCAGAUCUAGCUUCUCAUUGUUGUGAGGAACAUGAACACACAUUGCCAGAAAAGAAAAAUAAAUAUAGCAAAGCUCAAGCCAGACAAAGAUACAAGCAGGGAAAACUUUAGUCAUUUUCAACAUUUCUCUAAUUGUAUGAUGUAAAUAAAUUAUUUAGAUGUAUUUGUUAGAUAUAAAAGCAUUUUUUAAUGUUUAACUUAUGUAUACUUUUUAUUCCAUUUGAAUUUAUAUAACCAAAUUUGGUAUAAGUAUAACUUUUUGUUGAAUUUAAAAGACAUGUUUGAAAGAUUUUAUAGGACUAUUAAAUAAUAAUUAAAUAACAAUA